AUGCCUAGAACAAUGUCCCUAGAUAAGCGUUUGGCAUCAGGUCCUGUGUCAUUUGGUCACACCCGCAAAGAGAGUGCCUAUGAUUUUGGAUUUACUCAAGCUCAAGUUAAAGGUAAGACCUGCUAUUACCUUGUCUACCGCGAACUUGUGGAGGCUAUGGAUAGAAAAGCUCCCAGGUGCUUCAUUGAGAUGGAUGAGAAAUGUGUUCGCAUAGUUGAGAAGAAAUAUCCCUUCGAGGAAGUGACAAUUUUUAUCAAGGAUAUCAUGAGCUAUUUCAAGUUUGAUCACAGUUCAAAGUUCGUCGCCUUGUGUAUUGAUGCCAAUAAGGCGGAGAAGAGUGGAUAUUGGUUUAUUAAUUUCGACACAGAACAACAAUUGGAGGAAUUUUGUGAUUGUCUCAAUAAGUUGUUCGCUUGGGAAAAGCAAAAAAAUGCAGUCAAAAGAACGCGGACAAUACAAUGCUGGUGUUGUGGAGCCGAUAUUGUCAUUCCGCCUCAAAGAUCGUACAUUGAUAAUGGAUAUAAUGAAAGCUUGAAGUCGAAAAGCUCCAGGUGGUCUUCAUCGAAAACUUCGUCUUCUUCCUCACCCGCGUUGAUUACAUAUCAACCCCUCAAUACAUCUACUACAAGACGAGUAUUUAGGCGCAUUUAA